AUGCCAGACCGAGAGACUUGCCACAAUUUGCUCUUUCAAAUCGUCAAGGAUCUUGAGGGUGGUCCCCAGGAGUUGUUCGACGUCAUUUUCGAGUUUUUCGCGAAAAGAACUGAUUUCUACAACGCCAAGGGAAUUGACGAGACUCGUCAAAUCGUUCUACAAGCUUUUGAGAAGCAUGCGGCUACAGCUAUUCAGAAAGCCAAAGACGAAGCCCAGCGUCGAGCGCAUGAAGAAGCAAAACGCCAGGAAAAACGUCAACGAGAGCAAAAAGAGGCUGAAAACGAGUCGAAGAUUGUCGAAUUGACCGACGAGGAAGCCAAAGAAUUUGAGGAACAGCAAAAGAAUCAACAACCAGCUGCCACAUCAAAAACCGAAGAGAAAAGCGGUGCUAUUGAGGAUGAAAAUGAUGAGGACAAGGGAAAACUUCAACCGAAUGCUGGCAACGGCGCUGAUCUCGAGCAUUAUUCAUGGACGCAAAAUCUGCAAGAACUUGAGGUACGGGUUCCAUUCAAGGUGAAUUUCCAACUGAAAGCCAAAGACAUUGUGGUGGUUGUCGAGAAGACUCAUCUCAAGAUCGGAUUGAAAGGUCAUCCACUGAUCAUCGAUGGAAAUCUUCCGCAUCCCGUCAAGUUGGAAACUUCCCAAUGGGUACUUGAGGACAAGAAAAACGUAGUGCUCACUUUGGAAAAGGUGAAUGGUAUGGAAUGGUGGUCGAAAAUCAUCGAUACGGACCCGGAGAUCAGCACGAAGAAGGUGCAACCCGAGAACAGCAAGCUCAGCGAUCUGGAUGGAGAAACUAGAGCGAUGGUUGAGAAAAUGAUGUACGAUCAACGCCAAAAAGAAUUGGGCUUGCCGACGAGUGAAGAAAAGAAGAAACAUGACAUCAUGAAAAAGUUUAUGGAAUCCCAUCCCGAGAUGGACUUCUCGCAAGCAAAAUUCAAU